CUUUGUGGCUGUGGUAACUAUUCCCAACCUCAGUCUACUAACUAGUUUAACAUAAUAAAGACAACUUGAGUGCCAAGAUAGGACAAGCCUGGUAAGGAUGGGUCAGUAGGUUGCUACGCUUGAUAACUAGUUAUAACUAGCUAGCGUGCUGUUUUCAAGUGUGAUCACGCCAUCCAGAUGUCCACUGCGGAUGAUAACAUGGUACUACUACUAGUAGCUAGCUAGCUCGGUCGCUCAACAACACCACUCUGCGCGUCCAGCUAACGUUAGCGAGCUAGCGUCAUAACGGUUUGUUAGACAAUACAUUUAUUUUCUUAUCGUCUGUUAGCUAGCUAUAUCUGUUUGCUGAGUUUCGGUAGCCAAAGCAAACACUCACACACAGACAACGUCAAGACCGAUACGAUAGCUAGGGACGUUAUGUCCUGCCUUGCCUAUUGCUAGCUUGUGAGUUUGCUAGUUUUGUAAACUAACGUUGGUUAACGUUAGCUACGUAGUUAGCUAGCUUGAUGUUUUGCUGCACAAUAUCUUACUAUGGAGAACAACGGAGACAUGGACCUAAAUUGCCAUGCAACUGGGGACGUGCGACUUGAUAAGGCUAUUUACCAAUGGAUAACGUGGGAUAAGAAUCCACAGACCAGAGCUCAGAUAGAGGCCCUUUUGCUGGAUGGGCAAGUUGAGGAGCUGAGGCGUAGGCUCUGCUCCAGGAUGGCGUUUGGGACGGCAGGGCUGAGGGCAGCCAUGGGUGCAGGCUUUGCCCUCAUUAAUGAUCUGACCAUCAUCCAGUCCACACAGGGUAUGUACAAAUACCUGGCCAGGUCUUUCCCCGACUUCGGUAGCCGUGGCAUAGUGGUUGGAUACGACACGCGAGCGCAGGAGGCCAGUGGUUGCAACAGUGAACGACUUGCCCGGUUGACUGCAGCUGUGAUGCUUUGUAAAGAUAUUCCUGUGUUUCUUUUCUCCACAUAUGUCCCAACUCCCUUUGUGCCAUAUGCUGUAAAGAGGCUGGGCGCUGCAGCUGGUGUGAUGGUCACUGCCUCUCACAACCCUAAAGAGGACAAUGGAUACAAGGUUUACUGGCACAAUGGAGCUCAGAUCUCUUCUCCUAACGACAAGGAGAUCCUGAAGUGCAUUGAAGAGAGCUCAGAGCCAUGGAGCGAGUCCUGGAACGAGAGUUUGGCAGACAACAGUCCACUGAGGAGCGAUCCACUGAGGGAGAUAUCCAAAAAGUAUAUGGAGGACCUCAGCUCUGUUUGUUUCCACAGAGAACUCAACACCAAGUCCCCGUUGAAGUUUGUGCACUCGUCCUUUCACGGAGUAGGGCAUGACUACGUCCAGCAGGCUUUCCGGGCAUUUGGGUUCCCCCCUCCUAUCCCUGUGCCAGAACAGAAAGAUCCUGAUCCAAACUUCUCCACUGUCAGCUGUCCAAAUCCAGAGGAAGGAGAGUCUGUUUUGGAGCUCUCCCUUCGCCUUGCUGAGAGAGAGAAUGCCACGAUUGUCAUGGCAACUGAUCCAGAUGCAGAUCGGUUGGCUGUUGCAGAGCAAUCUGACAGGUGCCGAUGGAAAGUUUUCACAGGUAAUGAACUUGCAGCUCUGCUGGGCUGGUGGAUGCUGUUCAAUUGGAAGGAGACUCACCCAGACCCGGCUGAUAGGGAGAGGAUGUACAUGCUGGCCACCACCGUCUCCUCCAAGAUCCUCAAGGCCUUUGCACGGAUAGAGGGCUUCCAUUUUGAAGAAACAUUGCCUGGUUUCAAAUGGAUCGGAAAGAAAAUACACGAGUUGGCAAAAACGGGGAAUGAAGUGAUCUUCGCCUUUGAGGAGUCUAUAGGAUUCCUGUGCGGCAGCAUGGUCCCAGAUAAGGAUGGAGUGAGUGCAGCUGUGGUUGUGGCUGAGAUGGCCUCUUAUCUUUACAACAAGAACCUGACCCUUCAUCAGCAGCUAGAGAACAUAUUUGAAACUUACGGUUAUCACAUUUCCACAACGUCAUAUGUCAUCUGCCACGACCCCCCUACUGUCAAGAGAAUAUUCACACGUCUUCGGAACUUUGAGGGCGAGAACACUUACCCCAGAUCCUCGGGUGGACACAGCAUUGUGGACGUGAGAGAUGUGACUACAGGAUAUGAUAGUAGUCAACCUGACAAACUUUGUGUGCUACCUAUGACAAAGAGCAGCCAAAUGAUCACCUUCACUCUGCAGAAUGGGAUCGUGGCCACACUAAGGACCAGUGGCACAGAGCCAAAGAUUAAGUUCUACACAGAAUUCUGUGCACCACCCGGAAAAAGUGACAUCUCAAGUCUUGAGGAGGAACUUAAGAAAAUAACAGAUACUCUCGUCGAAGAGUUUCUGGAGCCUGAUAAGAACAACUUGAUUCGCCGAUCAAUCUAGUUGGGCUUUUCAUCUCUAUACAGAUGCAUCAGUCGUAUUGUUGUACUAUCCUGCUUAUGUUCUAUUAAUGUUUUUCCUAACUGUGAAACCAAAAUUUACUUCAGACUAUUGCUUGUCUGGGUUUUUUCAUUUGGUGUGCAAGGUGGGUUACGUGGAUUAAUAUGCAGGAGUAGAAUUUGUAAACCAGAAUCUGCAUAUCUGUUUUUGUCAUAUGAGGAUUUUCCAUUUAUCUAAAAUAAGUAGCCUAAGGUAUACACCAGAACAGCCUGCGCCGUUCCAUGAGACAAAAUCGCAAUGAGGUGAGAUGACAUGCAGCUCCCAGACAAGGUUUACUCAUGAAAAUGCCUCUUCUCCAUUGUAGUGCACAUCCCCAUACCACUAGUCCUUUUGUUCCUAGUAGGCUGUGCUAAUAGGCACACCUAAUAGAUGUGUAUGUGGUAUAUGAACAGUACCUCUCACUUGUCGCAUGCUGCUUCUAAUCUAUGUACAGUUGAUAAACUGUACCCAAAGGCUAAGUAUUGUAAGGUAUGACAUUGCACAUGUACGUAAUGCAAAUGCCACUCCUGCCUCCCCAUCUGUUACAUUGUAUCAGUGAGCGUUACAGCUUCAAUCAUUUCAUAGUCUUAACACCUGUACUCUGUAAGUACCCAUAUCAAAAUGGUAAUCCAGAAAGGAAGAAAAAAGGAGGAAUAAUGGUUGGGGGGCUGUUUUUCAUGGUUCGGGCUAGGCCCCUUAGUUCCAGUUCAUUAUUAGCCCUAUGUUGACCUGAAUGCCAGUCUGUUUCUAUUUGUUGCUUUCUAGCUAAACAAGUCACCUGUUAUGCACAUUUUGUCAUUUCAAUUUUGACAUUUAUUUUUUUCCUCAUUUAGGAGACUUUGUAGUCACAGCAAUAUGUUUUAACUACUGUGUUAUUUUUUUGAAAGGGGAAUUCACAUAUAACAAAUUUACAUAUUAGACCAACAAUUGUAAUUGUAACCCUUAAAUUUAAAAAAUGUAGUGCCGUGGAAUUCCAAAGUCUUUACUGCAACUGUCAUUUUGAAAAUGACCAUGCUAGUAAUUUUUUUGUUUCAGGUAAAAAAAUGAUAUGAAAUGUUUUACUGUGUCUGUAAAAUGUUGUGCAGAUGAGUAGUUGACUACCUUGAAUUUCAAAAUAUUAGCUUGUAUGUAUUGUCAACCUAAAAAGGAUGGAAGUUGUAUUACUUAAUGGAAAACUCCACCCCAAAACUAUAAUUAUAUUUGUUUAAUUUGUCCAUUGUUGAUAUGUUGCAUGUCAUCAAUUAAAUUGGACUAAUGAAACAAACACCAAAAUAACUCUAAUUUUAAAUGUUCCUUUAAGCAAAUGUUUGUAAAACAAUUGUUGUGCAAUAUUUAAUUUUUUUAUUUUUUAUUAUGUAACUGUUUUACUCUGUUUUCCAGACCCACCUAAACUUAAAUAAUUUAAUUUGAGUACAUUAUAUAUAUUUUUAUGCAACACAUUUAGCCAAUGCCUGUAAUAUCAAUGAUUCAAUACCAUAACCUGUACGAAUUAAUAUUGUACAUAUUUAAGAUAUCGGGUAGCAAUCCCAAAGUAAAGACAUUCUAUUGAAUUGUCAGAAUAUGAAUAUAGAGCAUAUAUUUUCAAUUGUAUCUAGGAGGAUAAGAAAAAUGCUUGAAAUUUUUGUUGAGAUGAAAUGUUAGUUCAAUGUUCAAGACUUCUGUUAAGUAUUUGUUUCUUGUUUCUGAAAUUAUAUCAGGAUUCCAAUCCAAAUGUGUACAUUGACACAUUUCCUUGUUACAUGCGUAUGCUUGUUAUUCCACCAAUAAACUCUGGUUUGCCUAAAA